AUGGCAGUUGAACAAAUUCCUAGCACGAUGCGUGCUGCUACAUUCGGGAAGGCUGGAAGCAUAUCCAUUCAGGAAAUCCCGGUUCCAGAGAUAAACCCUGAUGAAAUUUUGGUCAAACUAGCAGGGACAUCCCUUUGCGGCUCAGAUUUAGUUCCCUUCAUGGGCUACCUGGGAGAGAAGACCGAGGAACUAGCUGCGGGUCACGAAGGGGUGGGGAUUGUUGCUAAAGGUGUGCUUGUGAGUCCGCUGCGCCCGGAGGAAGGCAAAGGAGAGCUCGGGAUCCAGUUCUGCGCCUACCAUACAAUCUUGACGUCGCAGCUUGACCGUGCUCUUGCGCUGUACGUAGACGUCCUCGGCGGAACUGUCAUCCAUCAAGCCAAGAAUGCUGUCAGAGGCAUUCACAGCACCUACGUCCAACUCGUAGAUGCGGUAUACGAGUUUGGGGUUCCAGACUCUGGAGCUGGACACGCGCAAAUGUCCUUUAACGAGCGUAAAUCGGCUUCGGAAGAUGUGUACCAUGCGUUGACCUUCAAAGUCAAAGACAUUACAAGCGUGAAAGAGCAGCUGCUAGGACAGGGCCUCCGUAUUCUCUCGGAAGGUCCCAAGCUUCUCAUUCUAGACCCGGAAGAUGGGCUCGGAAUACCGUGGGGGUUCACGAGCCACGCUGUUCCCGGAGAUUCGCGGUACGAUUAA